CGCAGACAUUGUUGCGUAGCAACUUGACUCGCAGCAAUGGCGGCUAAAGGCACAACAAUUAAGGAGGCUCUUGGUAAAUGGGAGGAGAAGACAGAGAGCAAGGCUUCAGAGUCAAAGGAGGUGAAGCUGUAUGGACAGCUACCUCCCAUUGAGAAGAUGGAUGCCUCCCUGUCAACUCUUUCCUGUUGCGAGAAACUCAGCCUAUCGACGAAUUGUAUUGAGAAGAUUGCAAAUCUUAAUGGACUGAAAAACCUGAGGAUUUUAUCACUUGGGAGAAAUAAUAUCAAAAGCUUGACAGGUUUGGAGGCUGUGGGAGACACGCUUGAAGAGCUCUGGAUAUCUUACAACCUCAUUGAGAAACUCAAGGGCAUCAACGUUUUGAAAAAAUUGAAGGUUUUGUAUCUUUCCAACAAUUAUGUGAAAGAUUGGGGUGAAUUUGGAAAAUUGGGUGACCUCCCUUGUCUCGAGGAUCUCUUGAUGGUUGGGAAUCCACUGGAAGAGAAACAUACUGCUGAGGGAGACUGGAGAGACCAAGCAUCAAAGAGACUGCCCAAGCUUAGGAAACUGGAUGGUGUUCCUGUGAUCCGGAACGAGGAGGGAGGAGAGGAGGAUUGAUGAACACAACCUGGAUCAACAACCUGUCUCCAACACCCCUACAACAGACUGUGAUAGAUGCUCAGUAUUUUGUCCAAGCUAUCCAUUAUGUCAGCAACUUCUUCAAAUUGUUUAAAUGCACAGCCUAAAGUAUUGUUCCUUGAUGCAUUUUUUGCAAAUUCCAUAUUUAUGAAUUAUCAGUCUUUUCCAGUAUUCUACAUUAAGUCACCAGUUUCAUUCUUCAGAAAUACAUUCUUGAUGCAUUACAGCUGGGUAAUAUACACCCUGAUAUUACAUACAGCUGAGGACCAGCACUGUGAGGAGAAAAUUGAGUGUGACGUUUUUACCCGAGGUUUCCAUUUGCUUUAGUUUGUAUUAUGUACAAAACAUUUGUAAAUAUCAAAAAUUCAUAUGGAUAUCUGUUCGUUUAAGACCAAUGUUGUGUUACAAUAAGUUAGUACAAAUCUGUCCAUUAAAUAGUUACUGAUACUUUGUAAAUUUCACAUCUAAGUUAAAAAUGUUGUGAAAAAGAGAAUGUUAUUGUUGGGUAUUUCUACCUGCUCUGAAAAACAUUGGUAUUAACAGUAGGGUGCCCGUAUAACUUGUCAACCCUGAUUAUUAUUUUGAGAAUGAUUGAAUCUAUGUGUAACUGGAACAUGUAUUUUUGAACCCAAGUCAUGUUCUUCAUUGAUGUCGCUCUUUCAUUAUAAUAAAUCAUAUUAUGUUCUU